AUGGUUGGGGAGGAGGAAACGUGCUUCCCAAGCGAAAAGCCCUCGGAAGAGGACAUGCAAGGACCGAGCAACGAUUUCCGCGGACAUUUGGACAGCACAGAAGACGAUGAUCCCACUAAAAUGGAACCACGUCUCCUGGAUGACGAGAGCGGUGAGGGAGACUUCAGUUUCAAAUUUGACGUCGGAUUCAGCCAGUGGAAAACAUAA